CCAUAUGAACAUUUAUUUAAACAUUAGAAGUGCAUCUAAAAAUACAUUGCAUGUAAUGGUUAUUAAUCAAAUCUAAAUUUGUAUUGUAUUGAACUUAUUCACUCUGAAUUUGAAAAAAGAAAGGGUUUUCAAUCCAAUUUAAAAAGUUUAAAUGCAUUGAAUUUAGUGAUUUUGGUUGCGAUGUCAACUCUAAGGUUAAAAUUGAGUUUGCUUUGUCAGUUUUGCUUUGCAUUGCUUUUGGCACGUUGUGUUUGUUUCAUGGUCUUUAUACAUGCUCCUGCAUCAUUUGUUGAAGGUAAGAGAUGUUUUCUAUUGUGAGUCACAAAGAGGAUGCUCGAGGCUACGCAUUGCAUAGGCCCAAACCAGAAUAGUGUGGGGUUGCUUUCUAGAGGCGUUUGGACUGAAUGUUUUUGAAUGGCAUUCACAUAGAAAGCACUGCAUGAUCUAAACCUUUAAGGUGGUCACUUUAUUAAUGCUGCAUUUCCGCAGCUUAAAUCGGUCAUCAGACGCACAAAGGAAACGUCCAACGUCCACCCUAUGUUUCGUGACGGCCACAUGCGACGAAAAAUGGGCCCUCUAAUCAUCAACAAGAGUAACUCGCAGGAUCUACUCAUUGAAGAGCUGCAAGGGAAACUGGGAAUUGGUCGCACUGAGCGGCUACGAAAGCAGCCAGCUGAUUGGCUCACAGAAGGAGUCAUUCUCUGUUCAAACCCACAGCGCUUAAGAGAGGAAGGUGGUGUAUCACCAACCGUUGAUAAGAUCAUCAUUCCUCCAGACUCACCCAGUCCUCCGAAAAAAGUCCUAACCCAUCCUGUCCCAAAAAAGCAAGAUCCUGUGAAACAGAUGCCAGCUCCUCUCCCCCCACCACCUCCACCCCCACCCCCACCCCCUAGGGAGCUCUCUCCUCCUCCACUUCCUCCUGCUCCUCCAGUUCCAGCUCCACCUCCACCUAAAAUCCCCAGCCCUUCCCCAUCUCCUCCUAAACCUGUGACCCCGCCCCCUCCACCCAAGGUUUUAGCAUCUGUUGGCUGCCAAACGGAAUAUGAACCUCUUUUUCCACCGGUACAGGCAUGAACUUGCUCUCUCUGUCUAUCUGCAUCUGAUCAGAGCUUGCAUUUAUGCCUUCAGGGUUCCCACAGUCAUGGAAAACUUGGAAUUAAUAGUGAUUUUUUUUAGGCCCUGGAAAAGUCUAAAUGGAAAUUAAUAAACGAAAGCAGGUUGU